AAGUUCCAGCGUUUUCCCGCCAACUGGUCUUACUUGGAGCCAAAAAUAAUAUUUUCUUCCUAAAUUUCUUCCUACCCCCAAGGGGAUCCCGCCGAAAAGAUCCUUUAAUUCCCGCUAGCCACGACAACACAUGCAUUUCGCCCACCAUCCCAGCUACACGUACGGCAGCAACCACAACCACUUGGUGGACACUCUGAAUCCGGAAAAUAUCGAGUUCGAUGGGCCGCCAGCGGCGCGUAAGAUGAUAAUAGGCUCGUUCUCGAUGUUUGUGAUCUUCUCGUACCUGCAGUUGCUCUACAUUCUGGUGGCCAUCUAUUUGGCACUGCACCACGCACACCAUUAGG